AUGUCUGGAGAUGUUCAGCAGAAAAAAAAUGCAGAAGGGAAGGCACAUGUUCACGCCGCUGAGAAAUACAUGAAAACAUCUUUAUUCAAGUGGAAACCAGACUUGGAUAGUGCUGCUUCAGAGUACACAAAAGCAGCCACGUGUUUCAGAAAUGCCAAAGCUUUUGCAGAGGCAAAGGAUGCCUUCCUUAAAGCUGCUGAUAUAUACAAACAGAUGAAUUCUAUUUUUAAUGCAGCAAAGAUGAUGGAACAAGCAGGUUUGCUGUGUAAGGAGUUUAAGGACGUUGAAGGCUGUGUGAAUUUACUGGAGCGGGCAGCAGAUCUUUUCCAGCAGAAUGGGACAGCUGACACUGCGGCAUUGACUUUAGACAGAGCAGCCAAAACUAUUGAGUUGAACUACCCAGAGAAAGCAGCUGAGUUAUAUGACAAAGCUUGUAGUAUAUCAGAGUUGGAGGACAAAUCAAGACAGUGUGCAGAGUUUGCAGGAAAAGCAGGGAGAUUAUUUGUCAGAGCAGAAAAAUAUGAUUUAGCAAUUGAAGCUUUAAAAAGAGAAAUAGAAUUUCACCACCAGACCGAGAACUUUCCUAUGAUAAACAGAGUGAUACUGGGAAUAGUGUUGGUGAACCUACAGAAUGGCGACCCAGUGGCUGCAGAGAACUUCUUCACAGCAGCAUCAAAUAAGGGAACUGGAGAGGAUGAGUUUAUUCAGGGGGCAGAUGAGUUGAUUCGAGCAUUUAAUGACGGAGAUGAAGAAGAAGCCAGAGCAAUACUGUCAAGACCCUUCGUUAAAUUUAUGGACAAUUGUUUUGCAAAGAUAGCCCGAGGACUUGUCAUUCCUGCAGGAGGAAGUGGCAGAGUGGGUGUGGUCAAAAAUGAAGCAGCCAAUGACACAUCAGGUCAAGGGGCACAGCUAGCAGAUGAUGAAUUGGAAGAGGGAGGACUUUGUUGAUGACAUUGACCUUUGUAAAAGUCUGUUAAUGAUUCCAUACUCUACACUUUCUCUUUUCUGAGAAUAUGCAAACAAGUACACAUUGUACCUAUAAAUAAUACAUGUAUGUUGUUAUACAAAUAGUUGUAUCAUUUUGAUGCAAAUGAA